AUGGUGUCGGCGGCGGCGAAGCGUGCGAUGGGCCUCCGCCGUGUCUCGCACAAGUUGCUUAUCUCCUGCACACGCGGCUACGCCAAUGCGUGGGACUGGGUCGACAUCACCGCACACCCAACAGCUGCGCUCGAGGAAUACCGCGGUGCACUCUCGCAGGUGUUGCUCGACAUCGGCACGCACGAGACGCUCGUAAGCGACGCGUUGGAGCCGAUGCUACUGCCACAGUCUACUGUCAUACGCGGCUGUCAUUGCCUCGUCGUGCGGUACGCGGUGGACGUCGCGAGCACGUCAAUGGAUAGCUUUCAGGAUCUGACGAACCGCUUCACAAUUCUCGUGACGAACACGCGGGUGAUUACGAUUCACCGCACACACUGUGCAUUUGUGGAGGACCUCAAGCGGGCCUGGCCGCAGGUGAUGGCUGAGCACGGCAAGCACGGGAAAACGUACCUCCUUAGUCUCUUUGUAAAGGAGUCAGUGGACACAUUCAAUACAGCUCUCACCCGUUCCAUUGUGGAGUUCGACAGGUACGAGGCGAGUCUCUUCUCGCCGGAGCGGCACCGGUCAACGUUGGCGCGGGAAAUAUACCACAUCAAACGCCGAGCAUCGGUGUACGCACGCACUCUGAACCUCAUUGGCGAUGCCUACACGCAUGUAUGCAGUGCACUUCCCAUUGCACCGACCGAUGUGCAGUUUCAGGAUGUACAGCAGGAUAUAGCGCAUGUCAAGUCACUCUCUGAAGAGCUCAACGCCAAUGCAGACUCGGUACUGCAGCUUCUCUUCCAGCUCUCAUCCUAUCAACUGAAUGAGCUGAUGCGUGUGUUGACGAUAUUUAGCGCUUUCUUUAUCCCCCUUAGCUUCAUUGCCUCUAUUUAUGGCAUGAACUUUACUCACCUGCCCCUCCUGGAAGACGUCUACGGACACAUGUAUUGCUUUGCGUUCAUGGUGGUGGUGGGAGGAGGGCUUGGUGUGUGGUUUAAGUUUAAGCACUUUAUGUGA